CCAGUGUACACGUGGCCCUGGGCAGGCUCAGGAGGAACUGGUGAGGAGCUCGGGGUUCCUGCAGGAUCAAAGUCCAACUUGGCAGUUGGCAUUCAGCCUUCUGUGACCUAUGGAGGGUGUGAUGUUGGGGCUGCUCCCCUCUCGAUGCACAUGGCCCUAGGGAUGUUUCACCUGCAGCAUCCCAGAGAGGAGACUCCUAAAAUCUCAUAGGGCAGCUCAUAAAAAUGUCCUGGUUGCUCAGAUCCUGCAGCCACUGCCGGAUUUUCCAGGGUUCUGUGUGACGACGUCAAGUAGCAGGAGGUUGGGUUUGUCCUUGGGGCAAGGACCUUCCUGCAGUGGUUACACAGGGGAGCUGGUGCAUGUGGGGACAGCAGCACCAGGAAAAGACCCCCUAUGUCCUCCUCCUUAAGGUGGGAGCACAUGGGGACUCCAGUCCACACUGAGCUGCUGGACUCAGCCAAGGUAAGCGCUUCAGGUGCUGGCUUUAUCUGCUAUUGAUGAGAAGAGCCUCGUGAUAAAGAUGCCUUUGCACUGAAGCCAAGUGAAGAACCUCAGAACUGCACUGCACACCAUUUAACUCAGCUCCGAGCUCCCUAGCAGCAGAGUAUCUCCAUCACCACUGAGACCUCGAGUGCUGGUUUUACCCCUCGCUGCCCCCCGCUCCCAUUUCCACGUCUGAAAGGCAGUGCUCAGCAGGACCCUAACUCGCCAUCCAUCCUACGGGACCGCUCCCCACCAUGUUUCAGCGUCUCACCAGCCUCUUCUUCAGUGACAGCAGCACUCCGGAGGGCCUUGAGGAGCCCAAACCCUUUGUUGAGGAGGAGGAGGAGGAGGAUGGCUGGCUCAUAAUUGACCUUGCAGGCAGCCGUGCCCGCCCCGCCGCAGCCCGGCGAGUGGGUGCUGGCGGCACCGGGCGCUCGGCGCGGUCCCGCCCGGCUCCCCCCGCUCCGUCACCACCUCCGGCCGCUGCCCCGGCUCCAGCCGGUCCCUGCUUGAUGGACGAGAGUUGGUUUGUCACCCCUCCCCCCUGUUUUACUGCAGAGGGGCCCGGCCCCGACGGCGUGGGGAGCAGCCCCAUGGAGGACCUGCUCAUCGAGCACCCCAGCAUGUCUGUCUAUGUCACCAGCACCCUCGAGGUGGACGGGGAGGGCCCUGAGGAUGAUGCUGCUGAGGAGGUGCCGGAGCCGCGGCUGGAGCGGCACGUUCCGCACCACAGCCGGUCCCUCUCGGUGAAAGCUGCCAUCCUGGAGAAGGUGGGUCAGGCGCGGCGGGUGCAGCGCGCCAAGCAGCUGGCCGACAAGCACCGGCUGAGCCAGAAGGCGCUGCAGCGGCAGAACCGCGCCUGCCAGCGCCCGCUGCGCCGCGCCAAGCAGCACAUCGGCACCUUCGUCCACCAGCCCUGCCAGCGCCACUGCAACUACUGACCUCGCCGGGACGCCCGGCGCCGGCACCGUGGUGCAGCCGGGCUGCGGUUCCACUCCACGCCCUCCUCACACACAUCCCUCUGCACACCCGGGCCUCCACUCAGCAUCUUCCUCAUCUUCAUCCCCGCGCCCUUCACCCACAGCGCCGCAGCUCCAGCAUGGAGGGCCGAGUUGCCCGCUCCACCUCGCAGCCGUGCCAGCCUUUACAUGGGAAUUGGGUAUUCCUGGUGAGAUCCCCCGCGUCGAAGCCUGUUUGUCCUGAUGAGCCUGUGACAUCAGUGCCUUUCUUCCGGACGCCAUGACUCCACGUGUAGCCAGACUGGGAUGUCACAAGCAGAGACCCCGUGAAAAGAGCAAUGAAGCAACAAGAUUUGGGAUUUUUUAGGAAAAUCUCACCCAUGACACUAAAUAAUGCUUCCUGCCCCCUGAAA